AUGGACGCCUUCACCAAAAAGACCCUCAAAACCUCUCGAGGCAUCACGUACACGUACUACACCUCCCCAGGCUCCCCUUCCCUCCCAACCCUCUUCUUCCAACACGGCUACCCCGACCAUGCCGCCAUGUGGGCCAACGUUGCCGGCCCUCUGCGCUCUCUAAACCAUCCCAUCAUCAUCCCCGACAUGCUGGGCUAUGACGGAACGGACAAGCCCACAGACCCAUCCGCCUACGUCUGGACCAAGAUGACAGGCGACAUGAUGGAAAUCCUCGACGCAGAAAAAGCAUCAAAAUGCAUCUCCAUAGGCCAUGACUGGGGUUCCACAGCCGCCUCCCGCCUGUACAACUACCAUCCCGAGCGUGUAGUUGGGUUGGCAAACCUGAACGUCCCGUACUCACCCCCAAGUCGCAAACCCUUCGAUCUCGACAGCGUAAAUGCUACCAUGGAGAAGGUGUUCGGUUACCGGGCAUUCUCGUACUGGUAUCUUUUCACAGCGUCCGACGGCGCAGAACUCCUGUCUCGAGAUCUCGAGACUACAUUCAACAUGAUGCAUGACAAAGACGGCUUGUUGGAGUUCUUCUGCACGCCCAAUGCCAUGCGGGAUGUCCUUUCUGGGAAAACAAAACCUACUUUCAACCUCCGACCUUAUGCGCAAGAUGAGACGUUCAAGAAGGACUUCAUUGAGCGGAUGAAGCGCGAUGGGUUUGAAGCGCCAGUGUGCUGGUACAAGGCCAUGACAGGCAAUCUGCAGCAUGAGGUCGAUGCCAAGUUACCCGAGGGGAGGGAUGUAGUCAACGUCCCGGCGCUGUAUAUUGGAUGUAAACAAGAUGUGGUGUGUAGACCCGAAACCAUGUAUGAGAGUAUACAAAAGGGGUUGUUGCCGCAGUUGGAACAGACGGAAAUGAUUGAUGCGGCCCAUUGGGCGACGUAUGAGAAGCCGGCGGAGGUGGUGUCGAGGUUGGAGGAGUGGUUGAAGCGAAAGUUUGCGCAGUGA